GAUAUAUCGAAGUGUGCGAUUGAUUUACUGAUCGACGAAAAAGAAAAAAGAAAAAAAGGAAAUCAAAAUUUCUCGGAUCGAUCGAUAAAUUCGAGAGCGCCAUCUAGAUAAGCGAUGGUCGUGCGAACUACAAAAGUGUAUCCCUGACGAUAGACUAUAUCCAUACAUGCCUGUACGUAUGGAAAACUUGUGCACGAGUGCAUUUACACACAGGUAUUAGGUUGGAUAUAGGAGUUGAAACGAAGAGGAUGUAGUUGAACGCACUGGAAUAGCGCGAAUAAACGAUCGAGACGAGAAGUUAGAGGUUCGAAUCCAGCGUCGUUAUCCCCUCCGUUCGUUCCGACCCUCUCGUUUUGCAGUCAACGACUCCACGGAUGGUGCUGCACUUGCGUGCACACUCGUGGAUCGAGGACUACGACGGCGUUGUGCAUACAGAGACGCAAUAGAAAGACACUAGUUGCUACUCCAGAACACUAGGGAGUUAUUGCUAACGUAACAGGAUCACACACACGCAUGUACUCGCUAAGAGGAUCGUGUACAACAAGAUGAGGAAAAAUAAGAAGAAAUAAAAAUAAUGGAGACUGGCUAGGGACCACUAAAGACCCCGUAGUACCUAUCCGUAUACUUAGCAAGAUCGUUUUCUUUCAACACUCAGCCUCGAUUCUUUAUAUCCUGUCCUCCUUCAUCCGGUCGAUCUUCAUUUUAGGAACAAGAAACCUUGGAAGUAUUCAAGUUCCUCUUUUAUCCUUUUUGAAAAAUAUCGAUAGAAAUAGCGCGAUGGUCGUUUAAAAUGGAAAAAAAGCAAAACGACAAAAAAAGCACAAAAACAAUAACAAAAAAAAAAAAGAAGCAAAGGAAAAAAAAACAAUACAGAAACAUUGGAAAGGAAUUUCAAUCCCCUUUUACCUACGACUUACAUACUUACUUUACUUUUCUCUCGUCAUCCUGUUUUCCUCUUUCCUCUCGUUACCUUUUGUCUCCUUGUCGGUCUUCUUCCUACGUAUAUCCCCCCCACCCUGAUAUAUCCCACGAUCCCUCUCUGUCUCUGGCACUUCCUGUGUUCCGCCACGUUCACCUGUCCGCCGGCACACCGCCACCACAUCGCUACCACACCACCUGCCUUCGUAAAAGCACCUAGGCGCGAGGCACGAGGCGAACGUGGCUAAGCCAUGUCCUAGGGAGUAGAGACUUUAGUUUCGUGGUAUAUCAGUUCUCGUAUCGCCUACCAACAACAAGUGUGUGACUCCCCUUGUGUGCCACAGAGGCUUAACUUACUCUACACCUCUCUCUCUCUGGAAACUCAACGCAGUCAAUGUUAAGCUACCGUUGACUUCGGUCACUCAUCAAUUUCCACGACUUGGAAGCUGAAAAGGCAAUAAUGGGAUCCAUUGUUUAUUGCAUACAUCACAAGGAUGGUUGCAAAUGGUCGGAUGAAUUAAGAAAAUUAAAGGCUCACUUGAACACCUGCAAACACGAUGCAGUUCCAUGCAGUAAUAAAUGUGGUGCAAUGAUACCGCGUGUAUUGAUGGAGGACCACUUGAAAUAUACUUGCGCCCAACGGAGGGCACGCUGCGAUUUUUGUGCCAAAGAAUUUACGGGCCACACCCUCGAGAAACACACAGGUACAUGCGGAUACGAGCCGUUGUACUGUGAGAACAAAUGUGGAAUGAAAGUUCAAAGAAGACACUUAGGCCAGCACAAGUUGGGUGAAUGCGCCAAGAGAUUGGUUGCUUGUCGUUACUGCAACAAGGAGUUUGUCUAUGAUACGCUUGGUGCUCAUCACGCCAAGUGCGGCCGUUUCCCAGUAGCCUGUCCUCAUCGUUGUGAGACCGCAGUUUUACCGAGAGAAGAUCUCGAAGUUCACCUUAAAGAUCAUUGCACGACUCAUUUGCUCUCGUGCACGUUUAAGGACGCCGGCUGUCGCUUUAAGGGUAACAGAUUUUCUUUGGAUAAACAUCUAGAGGAAUCAGCGAAAAUGCAUCUCAGUCUAAUGUGCAGCGUGGUGACGAAGCAACAGCAUCAGAUAACGAGUCUCAAGUCUGCAAUCAGUAAACUUUCGUUGAAUUUUACUGGCACUCUUAUAUGGAAAAUUACGGAUUACACAGCUAAGAUGUCCGAGGCAAGGGCCAAGGAAGGAAUGGAACUUGUCAGUCCACCCUUUUACACUAGUCAAUACGGAUACAAGCUGCAGGCUUCGGUUUUCUUAAAUGGAAACGGAACCGGCGAAGGCAGCCACAUUUCUAUAUACAUCAAAAUUCUACCUGGAGAAUACGAUGCUCUAUUACGAUGGCCAUUUUCUCAUAGCGUGUCCUUCACUAUGUUCGAUCAAACGGUCGUAGCAGAAAAAGCUUGCAAUAUCGUUGAAAGUUUUAUACCUGAUCCUACUUGGAAAAACUUUCAAAGGCCCAGUCGUGAACCAGAUUCACUUGGUUUCGGAUUUCCACGAUUUGUCUCACACGAAAUGGUUAAAAAACGACAUUUCGUAAAGGACGACACAAUGUUUAUCAGAGUUAAAGUAGACCCUAGUAAAAUUGUCGCUGUUUAAGAAUAUCGUCGAGGAUUAUCGAAGAAAACAUCUUUGAUUACAAUGAGAUCGUUUUCUUUUUAAUACAUGAUAGUGUGCUCGAAUAUCGCAUAUGUGUGCUUUACAAGAGAAAUUUUUAAAUAUCGUUAUAUUCAUUCGUUGACAAAUUGUUAAAUGAUUUAAAAGAAAUCGAGCGAUAUUCGUGAAGAGAGAUUUGAUGAAUAUUAUUCGUUGAUAUUCGAUCCCUAUACUUUGUGAUAAUGGUACUUCAGAGAUAGAAAAUAUGGUACUUAUAGCAGAGACUGCUAAAGAAUUUAUUAAUUUGCCUAAGUAUUAUUAUACUAUAGAAUAUAGUUGCAAUUCUUUCUUUCUUUUUUCUUCUUUUUUUUUUUUUUUUAGAUAUAUAUAAAUCUACACAUGUGUACUUACAAAUUAAUAUUGUUAUUGGCAAUUUGAAAUUCAGAUAUAAUUUUGAUCCAAUCUUUUUUUAUAUGUGCAAACUAUAUUUAUAGUAUUAAUAAUUUAUUGAUAUUACGAAGUGCUACUUAUGCUGCCGAUAUUCUUUUGAUAAAGCAUACACCUUUUUUAUACCCGUAUUUAUAUCUACAUAUAAUCGAAAAGAAAUUAUUUUGUACGAUUUAUAUAAGCAGCUCCAGACACAACGAAUUUUAAUAACACGUCGCGAUUUUGCCACCAAAUAUUAGUACGUUACAAUCUUAUAUACGAUACGUAUUAGAAAGAAUUACACUUCUG